CGCGUCAUACGUCAGCGCGUGCGGGCCUCUCAUCCCGGAAGUAGGUAAUGAAUGAUUAGCUCGGGUCGUAAUUUUGUGCACUUUCAUAAGCUCUGGUGCAAAACUCCGGUUUAUACAAACCACAGACACUGAUAUUCUCUGUCUUCACGUCCUGCAUACAGACUUCCUCAUGAGUUCCACACAUCUGCUCCUGAUGGUGAGCCUGGGCCUGGCUGUGGGCUCAGCAGCUGCUGUGGAGGUCCAGAAGCCUCGGGGAGUCCCGCUGUCCAGACGACAUUUCUAUGACGAGAAAAUCCCGUUCACUUGUCUGGAUGGCUCCCGUACCAUUCCUUUUGACAGAGUGAAUGACGACUACUGUGACUGCAAAGAUGGCUCUGAUGAGCCAGGCACUUCUGCUUGUCCCAACGGAGUCUUCCACUGCACUAAUGCCGGCUUCCGACCCACCUCCAUCCCAUCUUCCCGCAUUAACGACGGCAUAUGUGAUUGCUGUGACACCACCGAUGAGUACAACAGUGGGGCCAAAUGUGAAAACACCUGCAGGGAGAUGGGCCGAACGGAAAGGGAGGUUCUGCAGAAAAUGGCUGAGAUCACCAAAGAAGGUUUCCUCCUCAAACAGCAGCUCAUUCAAGAAACUAAGAAAACCCAUCAAGAAAAACAGAAAAAGCUGACAGACCUGCAGACCAAUAAAAAGGAGGUGGAGGAAAAAGUGGAGGCUAUAAGGACCAUUAAAGAGACCGCGGAACAGCCAGAGAAAGAAGCCAAGGAGCGCCAUCUUAAGGCCUGGGAAGAACAAAAAGCAGUGAUUCGUAUGGAGAAGGACAAAGCUAAAAUGGCAGAAGCUUUUCUUGAGCUAGAUGAUGAUGCAGAUGGAUUUGUUUCUGUUGCUGAGCUGCAGACACAUGCAGAGCUAGAUACAGAUGCAGAUGGCACUUUUUCUGAGACUGAGGCCCAGGGGUUGCUUGGAGGAGUCCAGGCAGGCACAGCAGCUUUUGAAAGUGUUUGGAACAACAUUAAGGAGAAGUAUGUUUCAGAGUCUCAGCCUAAAGAGCCGACACCAGUGGACACUCCAGCAGAAGAAAGCAAGGAACCUGUUGUGGACAACGACCCUGAGCCAUACCCCGAAGAUGAUGACAUUCCAGAAGAUGAGGAUGAGGAUGUUGGUGAUGAUGAUGAUGAUGAUGAUGAUUAUCCAGAGGAAGAUCUUGAUAAGGUAAGGAAGAGUCCUCCCAGCGUCAAGACUCCAGAGAAGACCGAGGACGAAGACACUAUGCCACCUUAUGACUCUAACACUCAAGCUUUAAUCGAUGCCGCUCAGAAAGCCAGAGAAGAAUUUGACGAAUCAGAGAAAGCUCUGCGUGAAGUGGAAGAUCAAAUCAGGAACAUUGAGAAAGAGCUUUCCUUCGAUUUUGGGCCCAGUAAUGAGUUUGCUUACCUUUACAACCAGUGCUACGAGCUCUCCACUAGCGAAUAUAUCUACAGACUCUGUCCUUUUAAUCGUGUUUCCCAGAAACCUAAGUACGGUGGCUCAGAAACCAAUCUUGGGACAUGGGGAACCUGGGCAGGGUCUGAAGACAAUAAAUAUCUUGUGAUGAAGUAUGAGCAUGGCACAGGGUGCUGGCAGGGGCCGAACAGGUCCACCACAGUAAAGAUGACAUGUGGUAAAGAGACGACGGUCACAGCCACCUCUGAACCGAGCCGCUGUGAGUACCUGAUGGAGUUCAUCACGCCUGCUGUGUGCCAGGAGCCCUCACUUGUCGACCCGACCUUGCCUGAGCAUGAUGAGUUCUAGUGGCCUGCAUCUCCAGCAUUUCUAGGUCACACUGUGGGGAUUGUGUCUGUUCCAUGGUCAGCAGGUCGGCGCUGUCUGACUCGUCUCUGCUCAAUGUUUCAGUGAAAAAGAAUUGAGGUUGAGUUCUGAUUUAUGUUUGUUUGUGGGUUUUUUGUACUGAAAUUAGAUUCUGCUCACAUUCCAUCACGAAUAAAGGCAUUUUAAUCAA